UAAAUCAGUUAAAACGUAUAAAACGAAGACCAAUUGAAAUGCUCUCUCUUGCCUAACCCUCAGGGUUUAGGUUCGCGGGCAGAGGCAUGCACUCUUCUCCGACACUCAAAAUGGCCACCCGGUUUCUAAUCUCAAGAACAUCGCCCAGCAAUCUCCACCGACUUCUGCGGCAGAGUCUCCUAAAAUCUUCGCCGGUUUCCCAGUUCCUCAGAAGCAUUCAUUCUGUCGAUUCCCGUAUUCAAGAAGGUGGUCCCGCUGCUCUGGCUCUGGAAAAUCGCGUACCAGCCACAGUAAUCACUGGUUUUCUAGGCUCUGGAAAGACCACUCUUCUGAAUCAUAUUCUGACUGCUCAACAUGGGAAGCGGAUUGCAGUGAUAGAGAAUGAGUUUGGUGAAGUUGAUAUUGAUGGAUCAUUGGUUGCUAGCCAUUCGUCUGCAAGUGAAGAUAUAAUUAUGGUCAACAAUGGUUGCCUGUGCUGUACUGUGAGGGGAGAUCUAGUUAAAAUGCUUUUGGAGUUGGUUAAGAAGAAAAGAGAGAAAUUUGAUCACAUCAUUAUUGAAACCACAGGACUAGCUAAGCCUGGCCCUGUCAUAGAAACAUUCUGUUCUGAUGAACUACUUUCGCGUCAUGUGAAAUUGGAUGGAGUUGUUACUAUGGUGGACUCCAAACAUGCCAUGCAACAUUUAAAUGAAGUUAAGCCCAGAUUUGUGGUGAAUGAGGCAGUAGAGCAAAUUGCUUAUGCUGACCGUAUUAUACUGAACAAGAUAGAUUUGGUGUCUGAGAGUGAAUUACAGAGAUUGACAAAGAGAAUCAAGCAUAUUAAUGGGAUGGCACCACUUUUGCUGUCUAAAUAUGGAUCUGUUGACGUGGAUUUUGUCUUGGGAGUAUGUGGAUAUGAUCUUGAAAGGAUUGAUUCUGAAGUUCAUAUAGAAAAUUCUUGCGGUGCAAUACAUCAACACACUGCACGAGAGUAUCACGAAGGGCAUCAUCAUCAGGAAUGUAAAUCUCAUCAUGACCAUGUGCAUGAUUCUACUGUCACUAGUGUCAGUAUUGUCUCCGAGGGAAAUUUGGACCUUGAUGAGGUUGAUGAUUGGCUUGAAAGGUUGAUUGAAGAAAAAGGUGAGGACCUGUACAGAAUGAAAGGGGUAUUAUCGGUGACUGAUUCUGAUCGACGUUAUAUUUUUCAGGGUGUGCAUUCUAUAUUAGAUGGCUGCCAUGGCAAGCCAUGGGGACUCAAUGAGAAGAGAAUAAACAAGCUUGUCUUCAUAGGAAAGAAUUUGAAUGAAAGUGCUCUUAGAAGAGGGUUCAAAGGUUGUCUAGCUUGAAACACAACUUGAGGUUUGAGCAUAUUUAGUAGGUUGUAAUGUAAUGGAGAAUUGCUGGAAAUAUCAGAGCAGAGAAAGCACUUGAUGCUUCUGAAAAUGGAACCUCUCGUACUUCAUUGAUAGCUAAUAUAGUUUAUACACAACCCAUACUUUGUUUUAGGUUUAAUAGAUUUAUGUACUGGAAAUUUUGAAAUUUUGCGAGUUAUAAUUGCAUCUUAUUUUUAAAUUUCUUAGUA